CCUCACGAAUCCAUUUCGUAGUCCAGUUAUGUGGAAGAUGAUAUUGGGCUAGCUUUUGGUCAUCGUUCUAGGCUUCUAGCUCGUGCGAGUUUCAGGUCUGGCAAGCACUGGAAAACCUACCAGCUUCCUCGUCGGCUGAGCUUCUGAUCGACCUCGUCUCCCUAUCCCAGUCCUUCGCCGGCGGAAGCUGUUCACCUUUCAAGAUCAUCUCUCAUCGCCGUCCGGCGUAUCAUUCGAAAGCCGUAGCCAUGAAGGUUAGAUCAUCUGUGAAGAAGAUGUGCGAGUUCUGCCAAGUAAUUAAGCGGCGUGGGCGAGUCUAUGUGCUUUGCAGCUCCAAUCCUAAGCACAAGCAGCGACAAGGCCUGGCCACGUUUGCCCAUGAAGGACCCUUGUCUACGGAGUCUACUACCACCAAAGUGAUCACCACCUCUAAUCACAGUCUGCCUUCUCUCACCCCUAAAAGACGUGAGCCGAUGACAUCCGUUGCAUUUGGAUGGAGUGGGAGCCUUGCAUCUCUUCUCUUCAGGCAACCGAAGUAAGAUAACCGACUAACAAUCGUUUCUGAUCAAGCUUAUUGCAUACUGGUGAUCAAUACUGAAAACGCCUCCUUGAAUUCUUCACCUCCCUACUGAAACAUUGAGGUUUUCUGUGUCAAGAGAAUAGGAUGAUGUUAGACAUGUAGCCAUACUUCUGCAGUCAUCCUCCUGCAUAAUCGAUCCGUUUAUCAUUAGUUUGAAUCGUGUCUACUGAAUCCUUCCUAGUUGAUCAUGAUCUUACCGACAUUUGACUGAUGCAGGUUUUGUUGAUAUGGGCCCUUCCUAUUUUGGACAAUCCUUAGAAUCGACUCCUCCUAACUUCGGUUUUUGAUUGCCGGGCUUCAUUGGCCCACAAGUGAAAUCAAUGGAAAGGUGUUUGGUUGGAUCCUUUAAGAAUUUGCCACCCCAUGGCUAAUUGAAAUUUGAAACCCUAAAUUAGGGUGGUCUAUUAGUUAGUUGUAACUGUGUGGAAUGCGAAAGUUCAAUGAUUCUCCAACUUCCAAAAAGCAUUAUUGUUGAGAAAUUGGUUGAAUUAGGAUUGAAAACAGCAAAGGAGAUAAGGUAAGGAGGGUCCCUCAUUUCAAUUCACAGCCAACAUUUAUUGUCAUUCAUGAUUGAGGUUCCAAAAUGGCUAGCUUGUUCAUGAAAUGAAUAUGAGAUUCAGAUUUGUUUGAACUUCAAACAAACUCAAGUUAUCUUAUAAAGAUUAGCAGGUUCUCGACUUGGUAUAUCAAAGUCUUUGUUUGAGAGGUCGUAAGUUGGUUAUCUUAGUUAGUAGCUCUCAAUAUUAAUGUUGAAUUGAUG